AAGAUGGCGUUGGAGAUGAGGCUUCCCGUCGCUCGGAAGCCUCUUAGCGAGAGCCUGGGCCGCGAGAGUAAAAAACACCUAGUGGUGCCAGGGGACACGAUCACCACGGACACAGGCUUCAUGCGGGGUCAUGGAACCUACAUGGGGGAAGAGAAGCUCAUUGCAUCUGUGGCUGGCUCCGUGGAGAGAGUAAACAAGUUGAUCUGUGUAAAAGCUUUGAAAACCAGAUAUAAUGGUGAAGUGGGAGACAUUGUAGUGGGGAGAAUCACAGAGGUUCAGCAGAAGAGGUGGAAAGUGGAGACCAACUCCAGGCUGGAUUCAGUCUUGCUUCUCUCAUCCAUGAACCUUCCCGGAGGAGAGCUGAGGCGAAGAUCUGCAGAAGAUGAGCUGGCGAUGAGAGGUUUCUUACAGGAAGGGGACCUUAUCAGUGCUGAGGUCCAGGCUGUGUUCUCUGAUGGAGCCGUCUCUCUGCACACGAGGAGUCUCAAAUAUGGAAAACUAGGUCAGGGCGUUUUGGUUCAGGUCUCCCCCUCCCUGGUGAAACGGCAGAAGACCCACUUCCAUGACCUGCCGUGCGGUGCCUCAGUGAUCCUGGGCAACAACGGCUUCAUCUGGGUCUACCCAACCCCCGAGCACAAAGAAGACGAUGCAGGGGGCUUCAUCGCAAACCUGGAGCCGGUCUCCCUUGCCGAUCGAGAGGUGAUCUCCCGGCUCCGGAACUGCAUCGUCUCACUGGCAACUCAGAGGAUGAUGCUCUAUGAUACCAGCAUCCUGUACUGCUAUGAAGCAUCCCUUCCACAUCAGAUCAAAGACAUCUUAAAGCCAGAAAUAAUGGAGGAAAUUGUGAUGGAAACACGCCAGAGGCUUUUGGAACAGGAGGGGUAAGAAGAAGCAUCUCAAGGCUAGGACUGUGUGGACCCGAGCAGAGCAGUCCUUGAAAGUGGAGAAUCUGAUUGGCAGUCCCUGCAUGUAGCUCAGUGAAGAACCGGGAAAUUCAUCACUGGACCUACAUCAGGCUGCCUCUACCUUGAAGACCUGCUUUCUCCUGUUUUAAGGCAAAGCGAGGGGGAACGUGAUUACUGCUGCCGACCCCUUGAGUUGCCCACAGGCUUCGGGUGCUACGGGUAGUUUCAGGCCCUUAAAAGCAUUCCGAGUUCCAGCCGAAUAGACUCCUAUCCUGGAAUCAUAUGGGGAAUCUUUUAUCUUGUAGUCACUGUCAACUCACCAGGCACAGUGCCCCAUGAAAUUGCCCCUAUAUAAAACAGCCUCCCUGAUCCCCCCCAGUUGUCUGUUUUGGCCUCCAUUCCCACCUCCUCUGCAUCUUGAGAAUGACACUGAAGACUGUAGCUUGGUAAAAUGAGCCCAAGAGUCAGUGGAAGGACACAGCGACCAGGGAGCCUUUUGCUUGGUUGGUUCUCAUUUCCUGUUACAUGUUCCUCCUAGUGACAGAUGUAAGUACAUCCCCGCCAGGCUGCCUUAAUCUGUUCUGCCUUUGAGGAUGAUCUGUAAGAAGCUGAAUAAUUGAGAGAGAGAAUGAAUGUUUUGGGUGCUCUGAGAAACGUGAAAACAAAGUAAAAAAGUGGAGAUGGAAAAAGAAAAGGUUUUCCUCCUAUAACUGAAGCAGCAAUGCAUUUAAUUUUGAAUAAUUCAGGGUUGAAAAGUAAAAACUAGAUACUGAAGUUCUGUGUAACUGAGAAUGGCUAGAAUUCCUGUGUAUUCUUUUUCAAAUGACUUUCUAAACAUGGUGCCCUGAUUUGGGUUUGGGGUAAACAGUUCUUUUAAAGUCAGUAUAUGAGAGUGCCAUUUGGUGAGCUGUUUUUUUUUUUUUAAUUUAUAUAUGUGGCAUCACUGUUUCUGUUCUUGUAUUCUGUGUAAUACUUGGGAGUUAAAUACAGGUGAAGGAUGACUUGGGAGACAGAAAUUCUUCUGACAGAGGCCCUUAAAUUUAAACCCAGAACACCUAGUACAAUUUAACCCUAGGACAGUUUCAGUAGUAAUUUGGAGCAUAUGACAGUUUUGAAACCUAGCUCAGCUCUUUUUUGUUAAAUUGUACGUCUUUAUAAUAUUCAGUCUGUCUCCUGUUUUGAGGAGUUUGCAAUCAACUGAGUAUUGCACAGGCUAUGUUGCAGAUGUAGGCUUGCUCCCUGUUUUUGAGAUCAUGUUCUAGGUUGUAUGUCCCUGAAGGGAAGGGAAUGGGGAAGGAGGGGAGCCUGCAUGCCUGGUUUGGGUUGGUUUUGAUCAGGGCCAUAAGUAGGUUCGUUGAAUGUUUGCCCUUCUCACUUGGUCUGCCAAGCUGCCAGCCUAUAGUGUUCACUCAGUAUAUCCUGAAUAGUGAUUACCUACUAAGUGGUACUUUUCUUGUGGCCCACUAGAGGGUGCCCUUGUUAAGCAUAAUUUCAG